AUGAAAGCUAUCAUUCAACGGGUCCUGUCUGCGUCUGUGACGGUGGACAGAGAGGUCAUUUCGUCGAUUGGGCGUGGGGUGCUCGUUUUCGCAGCCGUGGCGCCUGGUGACUCAGAAAAGGAGGCACAGCAGAUUGCCAACAAGGUCAUCAAAAUGAAACUUUGGGACGAUGACAAGGGAGGAAGGUGGAAGAAGAGCGUUAUGGACAUUAAUGGAGAAGUGCUAUGCGUCUCGCAAUUCACUCUCCUCGCGCGCACGAAGAAGGGAACCAAGCCCGACUUUCACGGCGCUGCGGCACCGGAAGAGGCACAGCGGCUAUACCACUACUUUGUUGACCAAUUGAAGGCGGGAUACGACGUAGAGAGGGUUAAGGACGGCAGAUUUCAAGCCAUGAUGGAAGUGGCAUUAGUCAAUGAUGGUCCGCUCGAAUCCGAUGCAACGAGCUCAUCCCGAUCUCACUUGAUCCCUUUCAAGCGCCAGGCAAUCCGCAUUGCAUCACUGACCUCAAUCGGUAUCUGCAAUUUUUCCCGUCUCGAUUCUUCCUUGACGUCCGGCCAGGUCAUCUGCCACACCCUCCUCUCUGACUCGUGUGUGCCUCCAAGUGCCACUGGUGCUCUUUAUUUCUUCUGGAUUUUCCUCCAAGACUCGCCUUGA